UUUAUUCUCUUUUGGUAUAUUAAUUUGUUUUGCAUCAGAUUUGUUUUAAAUUGUUUAUUAGCUGAUUGUAUUAAUCCUCUUAUAUGCUGAUUUAUUAUUUUGAUAAUCUUCAGGAAUGGCGUCUUCGAGUAAUGUCUUCAAAUAUCCUCCUCGUCUAUAUGCAGAAGGAAAAUCACCUUUGCAACAAAGAAGCAUGAACCACAAUUGUUAUCUGUCCAAGAUUGGUCAAAUCAGAGAAGGAUUAGGUAUUGAUGUGUGGGAUGGAUUGGAGAAAUCAUCACUAGGUGUGUUUAUCAAGCUAGCUGAACUAGAGUACACAUGGGCUGCCAAGAAAGUACAUCUAUUCCUCACAAAUCAGUUGAAAGUGGAUAACUUUCAUGAGAUAUGGUCUAUGAUUGAUGGUAGACCAGUCCGGUUCUCCUUAAAUGAGUUUGCUGCUAUAACAGGACUGAAUUGCGAUCCAUUUGAUCCGUCGGAAAAGUUUGAAGCUGAUCACCGUGAGCUAUGGGAGGCAAUGAAAGUACCAAUCUCAGAAGGUCCAAAGUUCAAUGAGUUGCGAACUGUGAUGGAUCUUAGCAAGGCAUGGGACUUAAAGGAGAGGAUGAUGGUGGGUAGGUUGUGUUUAUUAUCAGUGGCAAUACAUGGAGUGCACCACGGAUCUAGAUUUCCUUUGUCUAGUGCUAUAAGAGUUCUUGAUCCAGUGAGUUUUGAGAAAUAUCCGUGGGGACGAGUGGCUUUUGAAUGUCUACUUAAAUCGGUUAAGACAGUUGGCUUUAAUAAAGAUGGUUAUGUUAUUAAAGGAUGCGUUCACGCUUUGCUUAUGUGGGUGUAUGAGAGUUUCCCUGGAUUAGGAGAGGGUUAUGGGUUGAGAAGGCCUAUCUUGACUGGUAUUCCACUUCUUGAUUGGCAGUCAACUCGGAAGGAUAUCGACCUAACAGAAUUCAUUAAAAACGAGAAGAAGCUGCAUGGGCAGGUGCGUGUAAGACACAUGAUUCCUGUAACUGAAGAAAACAUGUACCCUCAAUGGAGUAAUGCGGAGGAGGAUAAGGAUUCAACACUAGACAACUUGAUAAAAGACAUCAUCCAUAAUCGAUUGGCUUUAGAUGCUUGGAAAGGUGUGCCAGCGUUUGGUGUGUCUAAGAAGAAACGCAAAGUAAAAGCUACUGUUGAUGAAGAAGGUAGUAUCACACGGAAGGGGAAAAAGAUCAAAAAGGCUGAAUUUUCUGGCGAAGAAAGAGUCAAAAUUCAAAAAGAAGACGAGAAGAUAGUCUCAGAAGAUAUACAGGUUGAUAAGGAUGACAAGAAAGGCUUCUCUGAUAUUUUAUUGAUGAUGGAAAAAAUGAAUGGGAGUAUUGUAGACAUGGGUAAGAAUCUGAGUAGUAGGAUCGAUGACUUGGAGAAUACCUUUGACUCGAGGAUUGUAGCAGUCGAGACUGAUUUGAAGGAACUGAAACAAGCAAAACCAGCUUCAAUACCUACUGCCCAAGUCGCCAAUUCCAUCAACAAUGAAGAUGAAGGUGCAUCGAGUUAAUCUCCUGCAAGUUAU